AUGGCACAAGGGUUUAGCGUAGGACAGCGCCUGUCCUUUGACGGAGCACUAUGCACUGUGCGAUACAUUGGCGAGGUCGAAGGCACCAAAGGCGACUGGCUUGGCGUUGAAUGGGACGAUUCAUUUCGAGGAAAGCAUUCGGGCGAGCAUAAGGGGAAGAGAUAUUUCACAUGCGUCAAUAAUCAACCAACAGCGGCUUCAUUUGUGCGGCCUACUCGGCCUGUAGACAAAGCUCGAACGUUCCUGGAGGCGCUUCAUCAGAAGUACGCUUCGGAAUUCGAGGAAGAAGUUGCUAAAAGGAAAGCGGCAAAUGGAGACGACUUCCAGAUGAACGAGACUAUCCAAUUCAAUGGGAAGGUUGUUGAAGAGGUCGGCUUUGAGAAGAUCCGAAAACAGCUUGCCGAGCUUCAAGAACUCAAGGUUGUGCUAUUAGACGGUCUUCGAGUUGUGGGUGUUUUAAAAGACAAUGAUAGUGAUGAUGAUAAAUCUGAGUAUAUCGAAGAGCUGCAGAAGAUUGAGCGGACCUGUCCAAAGAUUACUGAGCUUGAUCUGAGUCGCAAUCUUCUUUAUCGUUGGCAGGAUGUACAAGAUAUCUGCAAACAACUGGCCAAGCUGAAAAGUUUGAAAUUAAACCGCGCAGUUUCCAAAGAUAGAAUCUUUGGCAGCCUCAUCAAACCACAUAACAUCAAUAUCGUCGCUUCUCCCAGUCACUUUGAAGAGCCUAAUACGGCCUUUGCUUCUUCGCAGUCUGGAGAUGGCAAUGACAAGCCUGCCUUUCAAUUCUCACGCACACUGAAAUUCUUGGAUAUUUCUCACAACAAGAUAGACUCUUGGUUAUUUAUAAAUGCGCUCUCUACAAUGUUCCCGGGUCUGGACUCAUUACGAAUAUCUGGAAAUCCGCUCUUUGAAAGAGCCGUUGCUCCUGCGAACGUUACUGGCUUGCCUGAAAAAUCCAUGACAGUGGACGAAGCUUUUAUGUUGACUUUGGCUCGACUUGCGGAUCUUACUUCGCUUAAUUACAGUAAAAUCUCGCCACAGGACCGAACUAAUGGGGAGCUAUACUACCUUUCGCUAAUCGGCAAAGAAUUGUCUGCUACGCCUGCUUCUGACGAGGCAAAGAUCCUUGCCACGCAUCCAAGAUAUUCGUCUUUGUGUGAAAAAUACAGCAAGCCUACUAUUACGCGCAUAACAGACGGGUCAUCACAAGGCACAAGCAUCAAGCCAGGAUCAGUUGCAGCUCGGCUAGUGGAAUUCAACUUCUACCAAAAACCGUCGUCAUCUUCAUCUCCGAGUGAAGUAAUAAGCAAAUCAUUCGCGAUCCCAAAGACGUUUGAUAUAUACAGAAUCAAGGGGAUUGCGUCGCGACUGUUCUCUCUACCACCAUUGAGAUUUCGCUUGGUCUGGGAAACCGAAGAAUGGGAUCCUGUCGUAGAAUUCAACGUACUAGACGGCGAAGAAUGGGACAGCGACUACGAAGAUGAGCACAAGAGUGGACAAACAAAAGAAGUUACGCGGGCCGAUCAUCGCGUCGAAGCCAUGCUUGUCAAGGCCGAUGGCAGCAGAUUUGUGCGGCGCGAAGUUGAACUCGUCGAUUCGACCAGGCAGGUUGGGUUCUUGUUUGAUGAUAAUAUCGACCAAAGCCUUCAUUCACGAAGUCUCAGGGGUGAUGUGUUUGUACCUAGAUCAGUAGCCAUGGCAGAAUACUGGAAAUCGACUCCAAAAUAUUGGUGCAAGCAUUGCCAAAUCUACAUUCGAGACACGGCAUUCGAGAAAACCCAACAUGAAGCCACAGGCAAACAUCAAGGAAACCUGAAGCGCUUCCUCAGGGACAUUCAUCGCAAUAAAGAGCGGGAGGAAAGAGAGACACAAAGAACCAAGAAUGAAGUAGAGAGACUCCGAAAUCUUGUUUCAGGGAAGCCAGCAACACCUACAGCAACCGAUGCGCCACGAGGUCCGCCAUCAGCGCCGCUUUCGAAUGCGCCCAGACAAGCAAAUACCGAAGACCGAAAAAAACAAAUCGCUCAGCUGGCUGAGAUGGGCAUCGUUGUUCCGGAAGAAUAUCGAAAGGACAUGGCGCUUGCGGGAGCCUGGGAGACUGUUUCCGAGCGAAGAUUAGCACCUGCCGAAGACAACAAGGAAGAUGCCAAACUCAAUGUGGGCGUUAGGAAGCGGAGACUCGAGAACGAUGAAGAUGAAGAAGAGGCUCAAAUAUUGGCUAAGUCAACGCAUAGGGGAUGGGGCAAUACAACGCUGAGUUAUCCUGGGGCUGCCAAUGAAGACGAUGAUCUAGACGCCCUUCUCUCCAAGACAACAGCGAUUAAGAGAACAGAUGACUCGAAACUUAAGUCAGACUUAAUACAGAAGACUGAGGAUGAAACAGGAUCAAAGGGCAAUGUAAAUGCGGAAGAAGAUCUGGACUCAGCUACGACGAUAAAAAAGGAGGAUUUUGAUACAAAAGAGUCACCUCAGAUUCCACCAGCAUCGGGGAACCUUGACUCUGAGGGGCUACCCAGCGUCGUUUUCAAGAAACGUAGAAAUAAGGCUGCAAAGCAUUAA